ACUAGAUGCCAACAUGUCAACUGCAGUAACAUUAACAUGCACUCAUCUGACUUCUACUUAGUACUUUUGUAUUUGUCUACACAGAAGUAACUUACUGCUGUAAAAUAUGUGAGUACUUUUACACCCCCGCUGUGUGUGUCUUCCAGAAAUAACUUCAUAGUGUUUUAGCAGUAAAAGGGGGAGUGUGUUCGUGGGAGGGGGGCACUCCUCUCUUCCGUCCAGCCUGAAGCGAACUGGACCUGGUUCUGUGUUUAGAGUAGGAGCAGAGAAGAGGAAGCGUCCUCCUCCUCCUCCUCCUCCUCCUCCUCUGGUCUCUAAUCGGAACCAGAUGGGUCCUCCCGGACUUGUUUUUAACCUCACGCGCCUUUGCGCCUCUUCUAGAGGGUUCGGACUGUUCUGGUCCCGACUAACGGAUCCUCCUCACGGGUCCAGUUUAACUUUGGAGUAUUCAUAAGCUGACGUCACAAAGACCAGAGAAAGCGCGAGCUACCAUCGCGGACCUCACGGAGCACGGGACCGGAGGAGGUCCAAGUGGAGCGUUUCAACACGUGACUUGUCAGAGCUGUUUGGACUUAAAACCCGAGUCGACACUCGGACGGACUGAGUCGGGCUCAGAUCGGACCGGCACCAGAAGAGCUGAUGUUGGCCCGUCAGUGAUGACGGUGAUGAGGAGGUGAUGCGGCGCCUCCUCAUGGGCCGCCGGUGCUGCUCCGGUCCGCUGCUGCUGCUGCUCGGUUUGUCGGUGUGUCUCUUCCUCCAGACCCUCAUGGGGGCCCGAAACCGGCUCCGGUCCGGACCGCGACCCGCCGCCGACCUCCAGAACAGGGGACCUCCGCAGGAAGUUGUGAUGGAGGAGACCCAGAGGUGGAUCUCUACUCUGGAGGCUCUGCACGGAGAGACGCGAGUCCAGGUCUGGUCACAGAAGAAGCGUCGGGCCGUGGUUCUGACGGGUCGUCUGCUGGUGUCCGACCCGGAGGUCCAGCUGUACCAGCAGGUCCUGCAGGAGAUGGACUACGAGGUCCAGCUCUCCAGAUACGCCGAGACCAGCAGCUUCCUGCGAACCAACCACGGUGUGAGGGGGUGGAGCCUGUUACUGUGUCUCAGUAGUUCAGAGGGAAGCUGUCUGAGGAGAAUCUCCUUCUCUCACCUGCAGCAUAAUCAGAGGGUCAAUUUGUUGCCCAGGGUGAUAGAGGCUUUCUCUGACGACGGCGAAGGAUUGUGUCACUUCUACACUCAAUUAAACCUGACAGGUUAUGAAUUACCCAUGUUGCCACAUGCUUGUGGAUCGACCAAUCAGAAUCUACAGCCCCCUCAGACCUUUUUGAGAGCCGAUAGACACUCACCUGACGGAGCUCCACCUCCUGCUCUGGUUGCCAUCGUGAAUGUUUACGUCCUGGUGACGUCGGUGAAGCCGCUGACUUCCUUCCUGCAUGACAUCAGCGUGGUCACAACCAAUCAGGAGCAGCGGGGACGGCCCACAAAGCUCAGGAACUUUCUGCAGCAGCAGCUGACACCCACCGUAUCCCAUCAUGCUUUGGGGCAGGUAAAGAAGGUGAUAGGUGAUGUGCUGCUGGCCGCGCUGUCGACCAAUCAGAAGCAACAAACUCGCAGCAGGUGUGUGUUGUGUUACCAGCUGCUGACCUUCACCCUGCUCUUCAAGGGCUCCAUCACGCCUGUCGUAGUCCAGGUGGAGACUGACCUGACGUUUUCUUCUCUGAGCCGAGACUCCUUUGAGGGGCAGAUUACCAAAGACCUGAUUCUGGAGGAGACGCUCCGCUUCCUGCACCUGUCCGCAGAGACACACUCACAGGAGUACGGUGGCUGCAGAGGGACACAUGGUGUCUGUUUGUCAGAGGAUGAGUUUCUUUUUCUGCUUCAGUUUCAUCGACAGAUGAGGACGCAUUCCGCUUUUCAGCUUAUGUAUCCGAGCUCCUCAUCCUCCUCUGGUCCUUCCAGCGUCUCAGAUCUUGUGAUCCGGAUCAAUCAAUUCUAUGAACUUCAGAGAAACCAGAACUACAAAACUGAUCACACAGGAGAACAGACCAAUCAGGAGCCAGCUGUGUCUCCUUCUCAGAAAGUGUUUGACCGUGGAGGUCCCUGUUUGGACCCCCACCUCAGACAGAUCUACACCGCCCCCCCCCUCACCCUGACUCCACCCUUCAGCCCCUGGGUGAAGGAGUAUCGUGCUGAGGUAACAUUUGACACGGUGACGGUUCGAAUCCGGCCGCAGCCCGUCAGCUCAGCGUGCCGGGUCCACCUGGACGAGCACCGAGGCCCCAGGAUGUCAAACUACCCCGUUGGCCUUGGUAACAGCAGGAUCAGCAUCCUGGUGACGGACGAUAGCGAGCUGGAGCCCGUUGUCAUGGCAAUCUACACUGUACACGUGUACCGGGAGAGCCGACCCAGUCUGCCAAUGUUCGGGGAUCACGUGACAUGUGGCUUCCUGCAGGACUGUGGUCUAUUGGUUCAGCCCGGUCGAUCUUGUGGUCUCCAGCCUUUCAUCAAGACUCUGCGUCCACUACAGACCUGCAGCUCUGGACAUGAACCAGGUAGGUGGGUGGUUCCGUGUCUCAGCUGUUCUGACAACAGGACGUGUGAUUGGAGGGAGGUGGCUUGGCAACCAGACAGCUGUUAUCACCCGUUGGUGGAUCGCCGCUUGCUGCAGGACUGUCUGACGGACCGGAAGGUGUUAUUCAUUGGUGACUCGACCAAUCGUGGGAUGAUGUACUUCCUGAUGGAGCGGGUGAACUCCACUCUGGAAGACUGGAGGAAAGCUCACGACACGCUGGUCUACAGGAACCUGAACGGGAACCGGACCCUGGUCAGCUACUCGUACUACCCUCAGUUCUGGUUGGAGAAGAAUCAGAGGCCCACCUUCAGACAAGCUUUGCUGCAGCUGAUCGGCAGAUCACAACCGCUAGUGAACUCCAACCGGACCGUCCUGGUGGUGGGAGGAGUCCAGUGGCUCAACACUGAUCACCUAAAGACAGUCAGAGAGGUGCUGAACAGCGAGUCUCUGGGAGAUGUCCUGGUGCUGGUGAAGUCAUUGGGAAUGGGCUUCCAUCUACCCGUGGAUGGGAUCCGCUCCCUCAAUCUGAGAGAGGUCCAGGACCUCUACGGGGAGAACCAGAACAUCAUCGCCACCGCAAUGCAUCAUGGGUACGAGGCAAUCGACACGUUCGGCAUCACAAUGGGUCGAUACAAGGAGUUCAUGCAGGGUCGGUGCGCCUGCCACUUUCAUGAGGUGGAGAAGUUCUGGUCCUCCAGGCUCUUGGACGACCCGACGUCCGCGACCGGAUCUACCAGGACCAGACCUGAACUCAGCAGCCAAUUAGCUGAGCCGGACACCGUCCACGGGGCGUGGCCUAAAGCUUUGUCGUAUCACGUGAGGGGACCAGUGAACCAGGUGUACUCUGAGAUCUUGCUGAGCCGCCUGUGUCCCCAAACCAGAGGCUGAACACGUGUGUGUCUUUGUGGGUCUUUGUGUGUUUGAGGAUCUGAUGAAAACAGAAAGAAAAAGACUGAAAGCCAAAACAUUUUGUCCACUUUUCUUCUCCAGAGGAGGUUUAAUUUAACUUUAAUUAUUAUUUUAAGAUUCAAAGUUCCAGGGUGAGACGAUAAAAACAUAAAUCCUUCACACUUGUCGGUAACCAUAAAUCAUAAUAGAGACUAAUAAUAUCUCACAUUGAAACACUAACAGGUAGGGGUGGGGAAGUCAAUUUCUCUCCAUUCUCUCUAGAACGAUUCAGUCUCGAUUCAGAAAAGUUAAUAAUCGGAAUU